GUUCAUCAACCCGAAAGGCUGACUAACAGGGCUGUGAACGGUGGGUUAGGAGGUCUGUACGCAAUACGUGUCCCACCUGCAGUUAUUGGGGUUAGGAUCGAGACCCAGAGAACACCCGAGCUUCGGUUUACCCACAACCGCAUACUUACUGUUGAGCUAGCAAACAUGGCGAAGUUUGGAACACUUGAAGUUCAGCUCGUGUCUGCUACGUUUCUUAAAGAUGUUGAGUUUGUUGGGGUCCUUGGAGUCGGCAUGGGAAAGCAGGACCCCUAUGCAGUUCUGUCCCUCGGCGACCAGAACGCGCGCUCGAAGACGAUUGUCGACGGUGGCAAGGAGCCACAAUGGCAUGAAAAGUUCGAGUUUAAGAAUGCGUCCACGGAGCAACACUUGAAACUCGAGUUUUAUGACGAGAACGUGGUUUUCCGGGAUGUGGCUCUUGGCAGCGGGAAGGUGCAGCUUAGCCAGGUUAACCCCGGGCAAACGACUACACUCGAAUUGCCGCUCAUUAGCCGCAAGGGGAAGGGCCGCGGCACCGUGCGGCUCCAGCUCACCUUUAAGGAGGGCAAGUCCACUUCCGCGAUGACCACAUCCCCGUACAUGCCCGUGGUCAAAAACGUCAAGCCGGGUAACUGGAUCCUGCCCACCUAUGCGGACACGGACUGCUGGAAGGACUACGAGCCCGGUUCCGUGCUGGGUAAGGGUACGUUUGGAACCACCUACUCUGCCGUGAACAAGCGCACGGGUGAGAAGGUGGCCAUCAAGGUGAUUAGCAAGAAGAAGCUGGUGAGCGCGGAGGAGAUUGGCGACGUGCAGCGGGAGGUGCAGAUCAUGCACCACCUGGCGGGUCACCCCAAUGUGGUCUGCCUCAAGGGCGUGUACGAGGACAAGAGCAACGUCUGCCUGGCGAUGGAGGUUUGCUCGGGCGGAGAGCUCUUUGAUGCGAUUGUGAAGAAGGGGCACUACACGGAGCGUGAUGCGGCUUCGCUGAUCCGCACGAUCGUGGGCGUGGUUGCUCACUGCCACAACAUGGGCGUGAUCCACCGCGACUUGAAGCCGGAGAACUUCCUGCUGUCGGACCGGACGUCCCACGCUGCCCUGAAGGCCACGGAUUUCGGUCUGUCGUCCUUCUUCCAGGAGGGCCAGAUCUUCACCGACAUCGUGGGCAGUGCCUACUACGUGGCGCCCGAGGUGCUGAGGCGUGCCUACAGCAAGGAGGCCGACAUCUGGUCCUGCGGUGUCAUCCUCUACAUCCUGCUGUGCGGCUACCCGCCCUUCCACGGCGAGAACGAGAAGAAGAUCUUCGAGGCGGUGGUCGCGAAGCCCAUUGACUUUUCCAGCGAGCCCUGGCCCAACAUUUCGGAUGCCGCGAAGGACUGCGUGCGUCGCAUGCUUGUCCGCGACCCCAAGCGUCGCGCCACGGCUCAGCAGAUCCUGCAGCACGAGUGGAUGCGUGAGAACGGCUGUGCUGCCGACCAGCCCAUCCAGCUGGAGGUGGUGUCGCGCAUCAAGCAGUUCAGCGCCAUGAACCGCCUCAAAAAGGAGGCGCUCAAGCUGAUUGCCAAGAGCCUGCCGCUCGACGAGAUCAACGGUAUGCGGGAGAUCUUCCUGGAGAUUGACAAGGACAAGAGCGGCACCAUUUCAAUGGAGGAGUUCAGCGAAGCGCUGAAGAAGAAGGGCGUGCAGGGCCUGACGGCUGACGACGUGGGCCGGAUGAUCCAGGAGGCUGAUGUGAACGGCGACGGCCUGAUCGACUACGAGGAGUUCCUAGCGGCAACCAUCAACCGCUCCAAGCUGGAGCGCGAGGAGCUGCUGAAGCAGGCCUUUGCCCGGUUCGACGAGAACGGCGACGGCCAGAUCACUCGCCAAGAGCUGUUCAACGCGCUGUCGGACCCCUCGUUAGGCGUCGACCCCAAGGAGAUUGACGAGAUCAUUGAGCAGGUCGAUCUGGACGGCAGCGGCACCAUUGACUUUGGCGAGUUCGCCAAGAUGAUGCGCGGGCUCUAAAGCAAGGGCUGUGAAGCCAUUCACGCGAUGUUGCUGGUGAUGCGACGCUGCUGACGAUAGGGAACGGUGGAGAUGGGUGUUCGAAGUUGUUUCGCCCUUUGCUGGCUUUGCUACUCGGGUGAUAGUAAGAGUGUGAUAUUGCUAUAUGGUUUUUGGGUGGCGAGCGCAAGGCUCGCUAGGCUAGAGACUACUUACCUGAUAAUACGACCACCUUUCUGACGUGUUUGAAGGUGGGUCGCCGGAGCGGCAGCUUAAUCGUUGUCUUUAAAGAUUCGCACGCAUCACUGAGACAAGUGGAGGGCAUAUAGUUGUUGUUGCGGAGUAUCGUGCUCGCCGUGCAGACACACACGCAGUGCCUGUUUAUUUUUACUUGCGUCCUGAGUGCCUGCUUGCUUCGACCUCCGUCCCGAGUGUGCUUACUUCGUGUAUGGUUACAGGCAAAGGGCCAUAUUAGACAUUCGUACCCUCUGGCGGGGCAAACCUUACGCAUGACCGACUUGGUGUUUACGUGAUCAACAGGGCCGUAUGUGACAGCCGUGAGCCAACCGUUAACCCAAGAUCUCAAAACUGUACACAGCAUUGUAAAAUUCCUUAGCCCUGCCACUCCUGCGUGCGCUGUUGCAACACCAUCCGCAGCGAAGGCAUCACCUCCUCCAGGCUCGUACAACGCAACGUCUCAAACAGCU